AUGGUUCAAUCUUUCCCCCGGCGUGAGGCCGAUGGUGGACUCAUGCUAAAUACGGCAUCCUGGUCAGACGUUGGGUUCUUCGACAACUUUCUAGACCGACCGGGCAGCCAUUCCCUGCACGCAGCAAGUUAUGAGCAUGAUGUGUGGACCAGUCAGUAUCACGAUGGGCAUUUCGCAAUGGAGCAGCCAUCCCAGCUCCCGACAAUUCUGAUGAAUCAUCCCGAGGAUACUCAGACAAGUGUUCCUGCAAGUGCACAACCAAAGCCUGUGUGCCCAAGCGAAGCUACGCCUGGCCUUGUCGCCAUACCUGCCAACUCCAGUACAGCUAUGCAGUUGGAAGGCCGACAGUGGUAUCAACAGCAAUUACUGGACUUCGAUGUCCGUCUAUCCCAAGCAGUCCUCAUAGAUACUACUGCCAGUCCAUCGAAAGUUGAACAGGCAGCGGUAUACGUGCUUGAAAACUCCUCCACAUUCUUAGAUCUGGUCAAGUAUCUACAAGCUGGCAGUGAGAACAACGCUGGUCGGACGCAUGAGGUCGCAGGCGGGCAAGGAGAUCGCCGUGAGAAUUCCACUCCAAUAGCAAACACAAAAGAUCUCCACGAGAACUGCGAGGAUGGAGAUGUUGGUACCCCAGCCCAACUUGACGAUAAGGUGUGCUCGUUCAUUCCUGACACGGCAACCUUGCUGCAACUAAUCGUAUUCUCUAUGCGACUCACAAACCUGCACUUUGAUCUGUAUUCGGGUGUCCUAAGAUAUUUGAGGCUGCAUGUGAAUACAACUGACGCCAGGCCUGCGACAAAAACGCACAAUCUGCCACCUCUGUCAUUGUCUAUUGCUGGAGUUAAUUUGACAACGCACCCCCGGUUUCAGUUGCAGCUCCUGUUACAGACUGGAGCGCAUUAUUUGAGCAGCAGUACGUAUCCCAAAUGA